GGGACAAGCUUUAAUUUUCAAGAAUGUAAGGUCUGGUAAUAGCAAAUCUGCCGAUCACACGCUAGUACCAGUGACAUAGUCGGAGCUCAUUUGGCCGCGAAAACAACAACAAAACUCCAAUACGCUACUCGUCUUCUCUCCACUAAGAAACAAACGAGAUGCUAUGCUGUUAAUCUCUAACCAUGGCGACGAAUGUCCCUUCCAGGUCUCUGAUUCUCCGGGCUAUCCCUUUCUUGGCCUCUCGGAUCCGCCAAAAUUCUCUCUUUAUUCGUCCUAGACCAUCUUCAUCAUCUGCUAUACCGGAACAACAGACGGGUUUCAAAACUCAGGAGAAAGCCGUUUUCAUGACUGAGAAUUGUGUACGGAGAUUGAAGGAGCUGCAAGCCAGUGAACCCAAGGAAAAGAUGCUUCGCUUAAGCAUUGAAGCUGGUGGGUGCUCUGGGUUUCAGUAUGAAUUCUCUCUAGAUGACAAGACCAAUGCUGAUGAUAGAAUUUUUGAGAAGGAUGGAGUUAAACUGGUGGUCGAUAAUAUUUCAUUGGAUUUUGUUAAAGGUGCAACGGUUGAUUAUGUAGAGGAGCUCAUCCGUUCCGCUUUUCAGGUAUCUACUAAUCCAAGUGCAGUGGGAGGAUGUAGCUGUAAAAGCUCUUUUAUGGUGAAAUAGUAAAUCGAAUCUCUCAAUACGUUGCUUGAUGCCUAGUGUUAUACCAAUUCAUUGGCGGUUCAUUUGUUGUACACACUCAUCAUAUACAUCUGUCUUUACAGACUUGUAUUGAGACCACACACUUUUAUUGAAGGAGCCUCUCAAGAAACAAUUUUGCAUAUUUAAAGUUGAAAUUCCUUCUUUGUAACUCAAAGCAAUAAGCUCUAGUAGUGGACUCAUUUCUCCUUCUUCAGGUAUAGCCUUGGUUUGGUUGGAUGAUUUUAGAGAGGAAGAGAUGAAAACAAGGAGAGACAACUCUUAAAUCCUAAACGCAAACAUUCUGGUGUACUAUGUAUACAGACAAACAGACCCAAUAUUCAAAUCUACUUACUGCGUCAGAAUGUCA